CUCCAUCGACGCCACUUUCAAUACCACGACUGCUCAUCUUUCAUCCGACGCCAGCGAGCUUUAACCAAUGGAAGAUAGGCACCUGCCAGCGGAGGCAACGAACAGAAGAAGUUCUUCCUAAAAGAGCCUAGCGAACCGAAGGGGACGGAGACCGGCGAGUGGAGGCGACGGGCUACCACCGCCAGCCGACGCCAUGGAAACUGAUAACGCGGCUCCGUGUGAACGAUUCUCUCCUGAGGUUCUGGGCUUCAUGCAGCUUGCUAUAGAUCAGGCAAAGCUUGCGUUGGACAGCCUUGAAGUUCCAGUUGGCUGUGUGAUUGUUGAGGGUGGGAACGUUAUUGCGGCAGGAAGAAACCGGACUAACGAGACGCGGAAUGCAACGAGACAUGCAGAGAUGGAAGCUCUUGAUGUUCUUCUUGUACAGUGGCAGAGGAGUGGAUUUUCGGCUGCAGAAGUUGCACAGAAGUUUUCCGUGUGCUCCUUUUAUGUGACAUGUGAACCAUGCAUAAUGUGUGCAGCGGCAUUAUCCAUCAUUGGUGUAAAGGAAGUAUACUAUGGCUGUGCAAAUGAUAAAUUUGGAGGCUGUGGCUCAAUACUGUCAUUGAAUUCAAGUAGCUCUGAGGCAUGCAUUAGGUCAGUUUCUGAACUUGCUUUUUCUGCUCAUUGUCUGAUGGAUGUGGGUUCAUACUGA